ACGCGCUCGCAUUCGCUGUCUGCGUUGUGGUCCUCAUGAACGAUGAUAUCAAGCAGAAAGUCUCUGAAGGUCUCCUCAGAGCAUACAGCUAUUAUUGUUGGCCGCUAUGCAUCCUGGAAAUCAAUCUUACAAGGGCCGAUGGCGCAUCUAUCUUCAACCAGAAGUUAGACAUCUGCCGGGAAAAACACUGGGCACUAGAUAAACAUUCACAUGGGCCGGACGAUGAUGAAUGGGACAUGGUGGGUAUCAACGCACCAGAUGAAGCCCAGACAAAGUUUGCAUACAUCAUCGGACAGCUGCUUGAGCCUAACAAGAAAAUGGCUCGACGAUUGUAUUCAAAAAGAUAGGUCCUGUGCUUCGACCGGAUCGGGAUUUCUCCCUACGCGACUACUAGAUGUAGGGCAUUCGACUUCUUCCCGAACUAUUCGAUUGGCCAUGAGCCACGUAUUGCCCACAGACGCCCCAUAUCUUACGCUUAGUUAUUGUUGGGGUCGUGGGAAGCCGCUCGUCCUCACUGGGACCAGUUUGCUCAACUUUCUUGAAGAGAUCGAUACCACUUCUCUACCGAAAACGAUUGCUGACGGCGUCGACAUCACUCAGCGACUCAGCCAUCGAUAUUUAUGGGUUGACUCGUUAUGCAUAAUUCAAGAUUCGAAAGAUGACUAGAAGCUUGAAGCUGCUCGGAUAGGAGAGGUCUAUUCCAAUUCGACACUUACUGUAGCUGCGACUUGGUCAGCAAGUAAUGACCAAGGGUGUUACAAG